CACCGACCUUAGUUUGCGCUUCCUGAUUUUACGUUAAAAAAAAAAAUUCGAAGAAAUUUCGGCUUAAAUGUUUCCUAAAUAAGUAAUUAUAGUUUUACGGUUCUAAUUAACAGUACGUUAAGCAGCCAAAAUGUGGGGUUCUGUAAACAUGAGUACCUAAAGUCUUCUGUUUACUGUUUUUGAGAGACUGAACUGUUCUACAUAAAACACGGCGAUAUGGCAGAAAAUAAUUGCGAACUCAAUCAAGACGACAUUAUCAUUAACGAUCAAGAUGGUCUCCCGAAUGUACAUCCAAAUUUGCUUGCAGAGGCCACAGUUGAUAGUCCAGAUCGUACCACCGACGACGAAUUUGAGGAUCUACCAACGUCAUUAAUCGUCACUAACAUUCACGAUGAUGUCUUCAUAAACCCCGAUCGCAAAACAGAACUAGAGGAAUUAUUUCGUAUGUACGAUUCUGAAGUUACAUUUCAAUGGUUGCGCAGUUUUAAGCGUUUACGUGUAAACUUUCAAACCCCAUUGGCAGCAGCGAGCGCUCGCAUACAAUUGCAUCAAUACCCAAUCAAAGAAUCUGUAAUUACUUGUUACUUUGCUCAACCGGUUACGCCAGUCAAGAACAGCAGCUUGCAACCGCCCGCACCCUUUAAACAGUUCCUCAUUUCGCCGCCCUCAUCUCCGCCACUCGACUGGGAACCUCGUCCCGAAGGUAGUUUACCCGAGGUCCCCCCUUUAAAAGAAGUUCCCUAUAUAUCGUUUCAUUAUGAUACCAAUGAGGAAAGCAAUUUAACUAACAUUUGUCGUCAGUUUGGUGAUGUCAUACACAUUUCACCAGUUCAGAUAACAUCCUUGUUGGAACGUCCCGGAGCAAUUUUAGUUGAAUGGGCUAUCUCGGAAAAUGAAGAUCACUUCGUCGAUGUUCAAGAUUAUCAUUUGCAAUGGGCAUUUGGGACUGUAAAUAAUCUAGAAAGCAAUUUUCAUACAUGUUACAUAGGUCCUAAUCUACAGUACUUGGUGAAAGACUUAAACUUGAACCAGAAUUAUUCAUUUAGGGUGCGUUGUAAAUAUGAGGGUGACACUCAGUGGAGUCCCUGGUCUCUGCCACAAGUCUGCCAAACUACCAUUAAAUCGUUUUCGUGGGUAGAAACUGAUAAUUUCACAUUGACUAACGAUAAUAAGAUUGCCUUAUCUUUGCUUAACACAACUUCAUUCGUAUGUAGUCGAAGAAUUGAAUUUAAUGUGGGGUACUCGAUUGAAUUUACGUUUUUAGAAUGUGAUGUAAAUCUGAAUGAUAAUUACGUGGGCCUGACUAGUGAAAGUACAUUAAAAGGUUCAAUCACUAAUUCAUCUUCUGUUUGUGUAGAGGCAAAUGGAAGUAUUUUUGGUUCUGGUGUGAAGAAAAUUACAAGAUUUCCACCUGUAAUAAAAGGCAGCAAGAUUUGCUUCAGUUGUGUUUAUAGAGAUGAUAAUAAGUUACGGAUAAAUAUCGAUUGUAACGAAAAUCGUGUAACGUACGAUUGGACUGUUGAUCAUCGUAAUAUAUACAUUGUCGCACAAUUUAAUUCUCCAAAUUGGAAAAUAAUGAUUGAUUAAUUUUGUUACGUUUACUUACAAAUAAAUACAUGUUAACCUACAAUGCUACUGGCACCACGUAAAGCUAAGUAUCCUGCAGUUAUAUCCAUUGGUAAACCUAUUAGCGUACCAUACUCUUCUUUAUUGGCAAAUCUAAGCCUCGUUUGAGGAUCAGUGUAUGGCGCCGGCAAUCCAGAUAGGUCAGAAAAUUUCUCCGCAGGCUUAAAUGACGGUGGCGCAUUAAUUGAGCUAUAAUGAACGUAGUUUUCGGGCCAUUGCAAAGAUCGUUCCGUUGAAAUUAUUUGUUUUAAAGAUUUCCAAGCCCGUUUUUUAUUGUUAGACUUUGAGGUGUGCUGGAAAGUUGUCGCUUUGAAAACCGGACGGAUUUCACUUUUAAUAAACUCCGUCAUGGUGCUUAUUACAUUUUACAGAUUUAUCGGAAUUUCAGUACAUUU